AAUGUUCGGAUGCCAAGGCCGCGGCGCCCUGUCUGUGGUCCAUGGGGGCCGCCAUGUUGCGUGUGGCAUAGUUACCCCCUAUUUCCCUGGCCCAGGCUGUGUCAGUAUAAGAGCUGACACUCUAAUACAUUAUACGGCUGGUUAUACCCAGCGUCCUGUGCCAACGCUGUGCCUGCUACCCUACAGCCCUGAUCCAGAGCAACAGCUCAGGAGGGAACAGCCAAAGUCAACAGGAAAGAGGUGCUGCAGCAGCUGUACCAACAGCCAGAUGGCAGCGGUCCCAGAUGCUGGGGAAGGAGCCUGGGGGCGGAAGCGACUUUUCCUCAACAACUAGUGCGCAGCCGGUAUCUCACUUCCCCCAUGGCCAGGAUAUUAGGCGGUGUAAACCUGCGACGUGUCCUCUCCUGUAAGUCACGCGGUGCUGUACGGAACAUGGCCUCCCUACAGGAAGAUGCUCACCGUAUAUUUUGGAGUGCGGUCUCUGCCGUCUUACCUCCCCGCAUGUUACGGAGGGCCCUGGCUGUGAGGGAGACGGGCAGCUCCUCGGUCCUGGAGUGUGGUGGGAAGGAGUUCACCCUGGACAAGAACCUCUUCAUGGUGGGGUUUGGAAAAGCGGUGCUGGGCAUGGCAGCUGCUGCAGAACGGAUUGUGGGAAGGCAUUUGGUGCAGGGGGUGAUUAGUAUACCACAAGGAAUGGAGGACAGCCUAAAGCAAGCCGGAAAAAGGGAUAUGCUGCUGUCUCCUGGGUCGCGAGUCCGUGUGAUGGAAGGAGCCGCAAACAAUAUGCCUGACGAGGCCGCAAUAAGAGCUGCAGGGGAGAUCCGGGACCUGGCUGAGAGGUUGGAGGAGAACCAUCUACUGCUGGUGCUCAUCUCAGGUGGAGGUUCGGCCCUCCUGCCAGCACCUGUACCACCCCUAACCCUGCAGGACAAACAGACAGUGACCCAGCAGCUGGCUCUGAGAGGUGCAACCAUACAGGAGCUGAACACUCUGCGGAGAGCCCUGUCAGAGCUGAAAGGUGGAGGACUGGCUAGGGUAGCGCACCCCGCCCAGGUGGUCAGCCUGAUCCUGUCUGAUGUUAUUGGAGAUGACCUGGAAGUCAUUGCGAGUAGCCCCACCGUCUGCAGCUCUCACAGCACAGAGGACUGCCUGCAGAUACUGAGUAAGUACGGACUGAGAGACUCCAUGCCGGAGGCGGUAGAGGAAGUGUUGCGCUCCAGGUCACACGUGGAACACCCUGACCAUUUCAGCCACGUCCACAACAUUCUCAUUGGGUCCAACCUCAUUGCACUGCGCGAGGCAGAGGAGGAGGCUAAGACGUUGGGUUACGUUACCCUGCUCCUCUCUACUGCCAUCAGUGGGGAUGUUAAAUGCGUCUCACGUUUUUAUGCCCUCUUGGCCGAAGUCAUCUGCUCGGUUCUGAUGUCCAGUCCUCAGCAGCAGGAGAUGGAACAAGACCUCCUGGCUCUGGCUUCUCAGAUGGACAUUCCCGACCUGAACCUUGCGGGCCGCCUGCAGGAGCUGAAAGCGUCCGGGAACGUAGAUGCCAUCUGCGUCCUCUUUGGGGGCGAGACCACGGUCCAGGUUCAGGGAAAGGGCAAAGGAGGCAGAAACCAGGAGCUGGCGCUGCGGGUGGCCACAGAGUGGCACAAAGAUCAGACUACCAUGAAGGGCUGUGAGGUAAUAUUCCUGAGUGGGGGCACAGACGGUCAGGACGGACCCACCGAGGCCGCUGGGGCUUUCGCCUACCCGCAGCUGGUGACACAUGCUCUGGAGAGUGGUCUGGAUGCCGAUCAUUCCCUAAUCCUCAGUGAUUCAAAUGGCUUCUUCAGUCACUUCCGCGACGGCAAGUAUCUCCUGGUAACGGGAUUAACUGGGACCAACGUGAUGGAUGUGCAGAUGCUGCUGGUACGGAGACACCUACAAUGACUCUCAUUCCAGAGGACAAUGGCCAAAAGUGACACGCAACAUCCAGCAAGUACUUGACAUAUAUAUGCAAAUAAAAAAGUACAUAUUGCACUAAUAAACAACCUUAGGCUACG